CCUCCUUUUUCGUAGAGCGGGAAAACGAAAUUCUCCCAAUUUAAGUUUUUAAUCUAUUUUUUAGGGUUUGCUUGUGCAGAUUAGAAGUUAGAACCAUGUAUUCGAUCCACCACUUCUUGCUUCAACUUCAGUUCAGACUUCAAUGUCGCCCUUAAAUCUAAAUCUCUCAGUCUUAUACUCGAUGGUGAUCUUAGUUUUACCUCUAUCCAACGGUCGCCUCCCAUCGUAGGUCCACCUCUUGUAAUCGUCAUAGGCCAAUAGCCUCCGCUUGUCGCUUGACGAUUGCCUUCUAUCUCAGCCUCCGCCUACCGCCGCUUACCUCCUUAUGAGACUCCUAAAGGACGUCGUUCACCGCCGAACCCGCCGCUAGAGCAGACCUUGAAUCCUCUGUCGCCGACUCCUUCGUUGUCUAAUCUUCCGAAGUUGUCUAGGUUAGCUUACCGUUCUAAUCUGUUGUUGUCUCAUGGCUCAAUUGUUAGGCUUCAUGUUUUGUUGCAUAGUUAUCUAGAUCGCUCAAAGAGGCCCGAACCCCUACCCAAUCGAAACCGGGGACGUUCACAUCGCUAUCUCGGUUCAUCCCGGUACAACAAAUCAAUCGACCUGGAAACGUGAAUUUGAGUCUUCUGUUCGCUAUUCAGAACAUCGUUUUCCUGAUUGAAUUGAUGAACCAACAACAAUUGAAACGCGAAUUGAAUGGUUGGGAUCGGUGAUUGAAUAGUGAGUCGUAACUUUUAUUAAUCGAUGUUUCAGAAAAGUCCAAUUUGUCUCCUCGAUUUCUUCCAAUGACUUUUGUGUUCUGCCGAUAAUCUUUUUAUACAAUCAUGUCGACAUGCAGGUAUGCUACUUCAAUCAUCCUAAUUUCAUCUAUCACCUCCGAUUUCUAUCUUUCUUCUUCUACUCUUUUUGUGGUUGCCGAUUAUGGCAUUUGGUAGGAAAAACAUUUAUCAAUCUAGACCUAAUCAAUCUGGUAGUGAGACAGAAGUUACCAAUAUUAGUGAAACACAAAACUUCAUUCAUAUCAUUUGGUAAUCAAUUAUGUUACUGUCUUUGUCUUUGUAUUGAUUGAUCAUGUAUUCUGAGCAUGUAUUCUGGAAAAUCAAGUAUGUUUACUGGUUUUGGCUUAAUCAAUUGGGUACAAAACUUCAUUCCUAUAAUUUAGUAAUCAAUUAUGUGCAAUGGUUAAACCUAAUUUUAAUCUUUGUUGAUUUUGCUGAGUUAUAUUUGCUUGCUAUUGACUAGGUAUGAGAAGGGAGCUGGCAUUUCAGGAGAGUAGAUCUUUAUGAUUAUAUUCUUGAGCAUCCAACCAUAUCUCGAUUUCAUGUUGGUGAAUAAAAAGGUGUAUAUGGAGCUCCAUGUUGGUGAUGUUCUUCGAUUUGGCCAUUCAACUAGGUUGUACAUAUUUCAAGGACCAACUGACUUAAUGCCUCUGGAAAAAGACAUGCAAAGUGUUAAAAAUCUUAAAAUUCGACAAGAGAAUCGUAACAUGGAAGCUACACUUCUACACGCAAAAAGAGAAGCACCACUUGCGGAUGGUAUUUCAUGGGGCAUGGAUGAGGAUGUGGUUGAAGAAAAUAAGGUUUCUAGUUUUUUUUUGUUUUUUUUAAUAGAAAAUAGAUCUAUAGAUUUUUUAUGUCUAGUUUAGUUACAUCAUAUGUGGGAAAGUAGUAGAUCAUGGAGUGUUGAUAUUUCCAUGUAAUAAAUAUUUUUGUUUUGUUUUAUGAUAUAAAUCUUAUUCAAUUUUUUAAUAUUUUUCUGUUUAUAAAUUCGUA